UUUAUUAAAAAUUUCAUAGGAGAUGGUUGUCAAGUUGUUGUUAAACUUACCGAUUAGGCCUUAAAGUUCCGAAUUUAACUCUGCGUCAUAUCUGAUCAAUAGAAGAGCAAUUAAAUUGAUAAGCCAGUAGGUUUUUCAUCAAUAAUUUCAAAAUGCCUACCAAACAGCCAUUGCCACCCAAGGAAAAGACGCUAUUUAACAGGAUAUUGAAAUGUUACGAACAGAAACAGUACAGAAAUGGACUGAAAUUUGCAAAACAGAUUCUUUCUAAUCCAAAAUUUGCAGAACAUGGAGAAACAUUGGCGAUGAAAGGGCUCACGCUCAACUGUCUAAAUAGAAAGGAAGAAGCAUAUGAACUUGUGAAACGCGGAUUAAAAAAUGAUUUAACAUCUCAUGUCUGUUGGCACGUCUACGGUCUGCUGCAAAGAUCUGAUAAAAAAUAUGAUGAGGCAAUAAAAUGUUACAGAAACGCUCUCAGAUGGGAAAAGGACAAUCUUCACAUUCUGAGGGAUUUAUCUAUGUUGCAAGUUCAUAUGAGAGAUUUGGAAGGAUAUAAGGAAACAAGGUACAAUCUACUGCAGUUGAAGUCUGGUCAAAGAGCAUCUUGGAUUGGUUAUGCAGUUGCAAAUCAUCUUGUGAAAGAUUUUGACAUGGCUUUUAAAGUUUUAGAGGAGUUCAGAAAGACACAACAGGGUCAAAAUGGUGACUAUGAAUACAGCGAGUUGCUUCUAUAUCAAAUUACAAUUUUGAUAGAAGCUGGAAUGCAAGGACGAGCACUUGAACAUCUCAAUAAACAUAAAGCUCAAGUAGCAGACAAGAAUGCAUUGAUGGAGUUAAACGCUGAGAUAUUCUUGAGCCUGGAAAAAUAUGACAAAGCGGAAAAGUUAUGCACAGAACUAAUGUAUAGAAAUCCUGAAAAUCAUAGAUAUUAUGAAAUGCUUGAAAGAGCUAUCAGGCCUUCCAAUAAUGAUGAAAGACUACAAAUUUACGACGCAGCUGCUAAAAUAUUCCCGAAAACUGACUCGCCAAAAAUUAUUCCUUUGUCACUUGUAUCAGGUGAUAAAUUCAGGAUUAGAGUUGAUCAGUUCUUACGCAGUGGUUUGGAAAGAGGGGUUCCACCUUUAUUCGUCAACUUGAAACCUUUAUACGAAGAUAAAGAAAAAGUUUUAAUCAUUGAAGAACUAGUGCUCAAUUAUUUGAUUGCACUCGAGAACUGUGAAAAAUUUGCUCCCUCAGACAUGAUAAAACAAGCACCUACGUCAACACUGUGGUCUUGGUAUUUUCUUGCUCAACAUUAUGACAUCUUGGAAAAUACAGACAAAGCAUUGGAAUAUAUCAAUAAAGCUAUUGAACAUACACCAACCCUGAUUGAGGCUCAUACAUUAAAAGCAAAAAUCUUACUGCAUGCGGGAGAUAUGCCUUCUUCAGUUAAAUGUAUGGACGAGGCUCAAUCACUUGAUACAGCUGAUAGAUUUGUUAAUUAUAAAUGUGCUUGUUACAUGAUCAGAAAUAAUCAAAUAGAAGAAGCUGAAAAUAUGGCAUCGAAAUUCACAAGGGAGACCAUUAGUGUUCAGGAAUAUUUGAGAGAAAUGCAAUGCAUGUGGUUUGAAGCUGAAUGUGCAAAUGCUCAUUUCAGAGGAAAAAAAUACGGAGAAGCUUUGAAGAAAUGUCAUGAAAUUGACAGGCAUUUCAGAGAGAUUCUCGAAGAUCAGUUUGAUUUUCAUCAAUACUGUAUGAGGAAAAUGACUUUACGUUCUUAUGUUCAAAUGCUCAGACUUGAGGAUCAGCUACGUUUGCACAAAUUUUAUUUCGAUGCUGCUCUGGUUGCCAUAAAAGUUUAUCUCCGUUUGCAUGACAAACCACAACAAUUGAACGGAGACCAAUCACAAUUGGAAGAAAACUCGAUGAGCAAAAGUGAGCUGAAAAAAUUACGUAACAAGCAAAGAAAACAAAAACGUAAACAGGCGGAAGAAGAGAGGAAAAAACAAGAGCAAGAAAAAGCAAAUAAGAACAGGCAACAAAGAAAUAAAGUUGAUGAAGAUAACGAAGGAAUUAAGAAAGAUGAAUUUGAUGCUGAUAAAUUAGUUAGUGUUGAGAACCCAAUUCAGGAAGCGAGAUCGUUUUUGACGUCAUUGUUGCUUCAUCAUGCUAGCAAAUUAGACACUCAUGUACUCGCAUUUGAGAUUUACGAAAGAGAGAAGAAGUUUCUACUCAUGAUUCGAGCACUAUUGAAAGCGAAAAAAUUAGUAGAUGGUGGCGCCAGACAUCCUUCUGUUCAUUUACGACUGAUGAAAUUUGUUAAAGCAGUGUCCAAUGCUUCAUCCGAGAUUAAUGAUGCUGUGAAAACCGUCAUCGAUUCAAUGCUCGAUGAAUUUUUGUCGACAUCUGAUUAUGAAACAUACAACAUGGAAUAUAUUGAAGAAAACAAGACUUCCAUUUCGCACCUAUUUGCAGGUUGUCAGUCAAUGUAUAUUCUCGAUCCUUCAAAGAAUUUGGAAGCUGCAAAACGGUUUAUUUCGAGUUGGAAAGAAUAUUUACCGUCCGUUGAUCUUCAAACUUGCACUGAUAUCCUCGAAUCGUUUCGCGAAGGAGACUUCGGAGCUCUACCGAAGGAUUUAAUUCAGGAAUUUCAACUCAACUGUUCUGAAAAAUACUCACAUGCAACUGCUUUUAAAACAGCAACUCUGGCUACUCCGGAAUCCGACACAAAACCAGUCGCGGAAAACGGGACUAAUUCCGACAAUCAUGUCAACGAGCAAACAGACAUCGCUGUUUCAUGCAACUAGAUUAAGUUUUUUUAUUCUUAGAUAUAAAACUGAUAUUGGAAUGCUGGUAGUAUUCACAAUCAAUAUAACUCUGUUGCUAAAAGUGAGAAAAAAUAAUCACCGGCCGUUUGGUUUAGAUAUCUUGUCUAUAUGUUUUAGCAAGUUUUAGGCCUGCUAACCGCUUCGGUUUUUGGUCGAUCUUCCACUUUUAUAAUUCCGUACUCAAUUGUAAAAAAAAACGCAACUGGUAAGAAACAAACAAAAUGUUACAGAAAUACAUUUGUGUGCAGCAAGACUCUUAAAUCAAAUAUGAUAAGGGUUUUGCAGACAUUUCGAAUAAAAAUAAACAGGCUCAAUAUGAAUAUA